CCCAGAACCCUAAAGUCUCAAACAUCAAAACUUGCUCUCCCAGAAAGCAACACAUGGCUAGUGAAGGCCAGAAUCACCGACUCCACAUAUUCUUCUUCCCCUUCCCUGCUCAUGGCCACAUGAUCCCCACUGUUGAUAUGGCUAAACUUUUUGCUGGCAGAGGCGUCAGAGCCACCAUCGUCACCACCCCUCUCAACCUUCCUCUCAUUUCCAGAUCAAUACAAGAAUCCAUAGCACUUGGCCUUGCCAUCAAUCUCGUAUCCAUCAAAUUCCCAUGUGCAGAAGCUGGUUUACCAGAAGGCUGCGAAAACGCUGACGCUGUCUCUUCCUAUUCGAUGGUGCCGGCCUUCUUCGAAGCAACGACGAUGCUCCAAGAGCCUCUUGAGCAGCUCCUGCGAGAACACCACCCAGAUUGCCUCAUUGCUGGUUCCUUCUUCCCGUGGGCCACUGAUUCUGCAACCAAAUUUGGGAUUCCCAGGAUUGUGUUUCAUGGGACUGGGUUUUUCCCUUUAUGUGUGAGUGAAUCUAUAACAGCCCACCAACCUUACAAGGAUGUUGUGUCUGAUUCAGAGCCGUUUGUGAUUCCUAACCUCCCAGGAGUCGAGAUUCAAAUGACAAGAAAGAUUUUGCCUAGUUUCUUUAUGACCGAUGAAGAUACUUUCCUUACGAGAAUGUUUAAAGCCGCAAAGCAAUCUGUGGUGAAGAGCUUCGGGGUGGUAGUGAAUAGCUUCUACGAACUGGAGGGGAUAUACGCAGAUCAUUAUAAGAAAGUACUUGGAAGAAAAGCAUGGCAUAUAGGCCCCGUUUCUCUCUGCAACACAGACAACAAAGAAAAAUCAUACAGAGGAAAGCAAGCUUCCAUGGAUGCACAAGACUGCUUGAAGUGGCUCGACUCCAAGAAACCCAACUCAGUUCUUUACAUCUGCUUCGGAAGUAGAUCAGACUUCACCGAAAAUCAGCUCAGAGAAAUAGCCAUGGGUCUGGAAGCUUCUGGACAGAAUUUCAUCUGGGUUGUAAGGAAAAGCAAGAAGGGCAACAAAGAAGAAGGAGAUGGCGAUCAAGAUGAAGGGUGGCUCCCAGAAGGAUUUGAGAAGAGGAUUGAAGGUAAGGGGCUGAUCAUCAGAGGGUGGGCCCCACAAGUGUUGAUUCUGGAUCAUGAAGCCACAGGUGGUUUCGUGACGCACUGCGGGUGGAAUUCAACACUGGAAGGUGUGAGCGCAGGAGUACCAAUGGUGACGUGGCCUGUGUCUGCAGAACAAUUUUACAAUGAGAAGUUAAUCACAGAAGUGCUGAGGAUUGGGGUGGCAGUGGGUGUUAAGAAAUGGGUUCCAGUGGUAGGGGAUUAUAUAGAGAAGGAGGCGGUUGGGAAGGCAGUGAAGGCGAUAAUGGAAGGAGAAGAAGCAGAGGAAAUGAGAAACAGAGCGAAGAAACUUGCGAGGAUGGCGAGGGAGACUGUGGAGGAAGGAGGAUCUUCUCACUCUGACUUGAAUUCUCUCAUCGAAGAGCUUGCUGAUCUCUCAAAAUGAACGACGCUGCGUUUUGUCUUUCGAUUUGCGUCUAAUAAAGGAUCCUUUGACUCUUAUGGAUUCCUCUGCUACCAUGAGAUUCAUACGAUCAAUAAUGUUCUGAGUCAAUGUAGAGGUUCCUUUGUUUAAGAAGCUUAAGAAGAUUUUACUAUAUUUUAUAAAAUUUUUACAGUCAACGUAGAGAAAAAAUAUAUGAAUGUAUGUGUUUAAGAUUUGAAA